GCCCCUCGGAGUUGAAGGCGGAGCCCGGCAGCAUAGUAUCGAGUUAGAGGAGGUCCGAGGGAAGGCGGAGGCUAAGAUCUGAAGGAAAGGAGGAAGUAGAGGUUUCCCGCCACUCCUUAGUAUCCUGUUCCCAGAGAAGAAGGUAUCAUGUGACAAGUGGCAAUAUUAUUUUACUGUCUGUGCUGGACUCCUCUUCCCUUUAAUCUCCACUCUACUUUUAAGAAAGAAUGAAGCAGUUGCCUGCAGCAACUGUUCGUCUCCUUUCAAGUUCUCAAGUGAUCACUUCUGUGAUCAGUGUCAUAAAAGAGCUAAUAGAAAAUUCAUUGGAUGCUGGUGCCACAAAUAUAGAUGUUAAACUGGAAAAUUAUGGAUUUGAUAAGAUAGAAGUUCGAGACAAUGGUGAUGGAAUCAAAGCUAUUGAUGCACCUGUGAUGGCAAUAAAGCAUUAUACCUCAAAAAUAAACAGUCAUGAAGACCUUGAAAAUUUGACGACUUAUGGUUUUCGUGGGGAAGCUUUGGGGUCAAUUUGUUGUAUAGCUGAGGUUUUAAUUACAACAAAGACAGCUGCUGAUAACUUUAGCACCCAGUAUGUUUUAGAUAGCAGUGGUCAUAUAGUUUCUCAAAAGCCUUCACAUCUUGGACAAGGUACAACAGUAACUGCACUGAAAUUAUUUAAGAAUCUUCCUGUAAGAAAACAAUUUUAUUCAACAGCUAGACGAUGUAAGGAUGAGUUAAAAAAAAUCCAAGACCUUCUUAUAGCCUAUGGCAUUCUCAAACCUGAAUUAAGGAUUAUUUUUACACAUAACAAGGUAAUUAUUUGGCAGAAAAGCAGGGUUUCAGAUCAUAAAACAGCUUUGAUGGCAGUUCUGGGAACUUCCAUUAUGAGCAAUAUGGCAGCCUUUGAGCAUCACUAUGAAGAAUCUCAGAUUUAUUUAAGUGGAUUUCUUCCAAAGCUUGACUCUGAUCACUCUUUGACAAAUCUUUCAACCCCAGAAAGGAGUUUUAUUUUCAUAAAUAAUCGACCAGUACAUCAGAAAGACAUCCUAAAGUUAAUUCGUCAUUACUACACUGAGAAAUGCCUAAAAGAGUCAACUCGUUCUUAUCCAGUUUUCUUCAUGAAAAUUGUUGUGCCUGCAGCUGAUGUAGAUGUAAAUUUAACACCUGAUAAAAGCCAAGUAUUAUUACAAAAUAAGGAAUCACUUUUAAUUGCUGUUGAAAAUGUGUUGACAUCAUGGUAUGGACCACUAAUUAGUACAAAUUCUCAUGAAAAUAAUAAAGCAGAUGUUUCCUCAGUUGACAUGACUGUUAACAGAACAGUACAAACAGAUGUGGAUGUUAAUGAAAUGGAAUCAUCUGGAAAUAGUUAUUCAGAUGUGGAUAUUUCAACCUUUUCAUUCCAACAUGACAUGCAGAAUUGUGAAUCAGGAAAUAACACUGAGGUCUGCUUAAAAAAACAGAUAAUUUGUCAUGAUAAUCCUCAUGGUUUUGAUGGUGACAUUUCUAAUACUGAUAAGAUAAAGCAAAAUACAUUUCAAGACAUCUUCAUAAAUAAUUUUUCAUCAUGUAAGAAUGACGCAAGCCAACAUAAUGAAACUUUUAAUCUAAAUGCUCUAAAGCAUGUUCAGUCUAUAAAUGGCAAUGGAGAUGGUCCUAUUAAUGAGGUGGAAAAAAAUGUGGCAGCAACACUAUCUGAAAUAUCUUCUGAAAUCUGUGCAGAUGACUGGAGUAAGGGAAAUGCACUUAAAAAUUCAGUAGGAAAGAACAUUGAACCUGUGGAAAUUUUUGUGCCACAAGCAAAAAGUUUAACAUCUGACCUAAAUAUAAACUGUAAUCAACAAAAUCCUGAACAGAAGAGUCCCAGUAAAAGCCCCAGUAAAAAGAAAUCAAAUGUGAUAGAUGACAAAUGUGGGCAACUUACAGCCUAUGAUUUAAUUAGCAGUCGAGUAAUUAAGAAGCCCAUUUCAGCAAGAGACCUUUUUAUUCAAGAUCAGCGUUCAAAAUUUCUCAGUGAAAAUUCAAAGACCCAUCUAGAGGAUAUGACAGUACAAGCUGAAGAACUGUGGAAGACAUUGAAUGAAGAGGAAAGGAUGAAAUAUGAAGAUAAAGCUGCUAAAGAUCUAGAGCGAUACAAUAAGCAAAUCAAGAAGGCUACUGAACAAGGGUUACAAAGAACAACAAAAGAAAAUGAAAAAAGAUCAAAAUUAACAACAAUGCAGAAUCUGGCACAAAAACACAAGCUAAAAACUUCAUUUUCUAAUCAGCCAAAACUUGAUGAGCUUUUUUCUCAAAGUGAGAAAAGGAAAAGCAAGUCACAAAAUAUAAAAAUUUUACAGAUUCCUUUCUCUAUGAAAACCUUAAAACUUAAGUAUAGGAAGCAUAUGAAAAGUGAUUUACUAUAUAAAGAAGAACUUUGCCUGAUCCAUCAUUUAAGUUUUCCUGAUGCAUGGAUAAUUGCUUCCCAAAAAGAGAUCAUGUUAUUAAACCCAUACAGAGUGGAAGAAGCUUUACUAUUUAAAAGACUUCUUGAAAAUCAUAAACUUCCUGCAGAGCCAUUGGAGAAGCCAAUGAUAUUAACAGAGAGUCUUUUUAAUGGGUCCAUUUAUUUAGAGGUCUUAAGUAAAAUGACAAUGGAUGAUCAAGAUUUCAGUGGCUCAACCUACUUGUCUGAUCCACGCCUUACAGCAAAUGGAUUUAGGAUAAAAAUGAUACCAGGAACUUCAGUCACUGAAAACCAUCUGGAAAUAGAAGGAAUGGCUAAUUGUCUCCCAUUCUAUGGAAUAUUGGAUUUAAAGGAAAUUCUUAAUGCGGUGCUAAAUAAAAAUGCGAAGGAAGUUUAUGAAUGUAGACCUCGUAAAGUAGUUAGUUAUUUAGAGGGAGAAGCAGUACGUCUUUCUCGACAGCUACCUUUGUAUUUAUCAAAAGAGGAUGUGCAAGAUACUAUAUAUAGGAUGAAGCUACAACUGGGAGAUGACAUUAAGGGAUGUGUUCAUGGUCGCCCAUUUUUUCAUCACUUAACAUACCUUCCAAAAACUAUAUAAUACUAUAAAUUUUGCAGUAAAUCAGAAUGUUUUCUUUUUUCUCCUCAGUUAAAUGUUUUCUGCUUUAAAACUUUAUAAUUAUGUCUUAAGCAUUUUUGCAUCAUCUUGUUUAUACACUUUUAAAUAAAUACUUAUCAUUUUGUAAAAUGAAAUAAAUUCCAAUUUGUAUAAAAACUCCA